GCGGCCGAGCGGCGCCGCGGUCGGGGGCGGCGGGAGCGCGCGGGGGAGCCUGGGAUCAGGGGGUUUCCCCCGGCAGAGGAGAGAACGAGGCGGCGGCGGCAGGCACGCUGCGACAAUCCUGCCGAUCCUGCGAGAAGACUCCACUGACAUCUCGUCGCCAUGUCGGAAAGUCAGCUGGAAGAGCCACUGAGCCAGGAGACUUUUCGCCAGCUAUGGGAAUCGCUUCAUGUACCCGGAGAGCUGGAGGAGAGGAUGCCAAUGUGGCCGACCCUGGGUAACAUGGAACUUGAAGACUCUCUACUGAGUGUGGAGAACGUGGAAAACAGUCUGCUGGAUCCGUCCCUGGUGGCCUCCUCUUCCUCCUCCCCCCAGGGGGGGCUGCCAAUGGAUGUUCCUGCUGCUGCCCUCUCCUCCACUGUCCUGGCCACCACAAACUACCCGGGACCGUACCAGUUCCAGCUGCGCUUUCAGAAGUCCAGCACGGCCAAGUCCGUCACCUGCACGUUUUCCCCCAUGUUGAAUAAACUUUUCUGCCAGCUGGCCAAGACCUGCCCCGUCCAGAUCCGGGUGAGCUCCCCGCCGCCUCCGGGCUCCCUCCUCCGUGCCACGGCCGUCUACAAGAAGUCAGAGCACGUAGCCGAGGUGGUCAAACGGUGCCCGCACCACGAGCGUAGCUCGGAGAACGACGGACCGGCGCCCCCAAGCCACCUGAUCCGAGUGGAGGCGAAUAGCCAAGCAAGGUACAUGGAGGACUUGCACAGCAAGAGGCAGAGCGUGCUGGUGCCUUAUGAAUCGCCGCAGGUGGGAUCAGACUGCACCACCAUCCUCUACAACUUCAUGUGUAACAGUAGCUGUAUGGGGGGCAUGAACAGGCGGCCCAUCCUUUCCAUCAUCACCCUGGAGAGUCCCGAUGGACAGCUUCUCGGCCGUCAGUGUUUCGAGGUGCGAGUAUGCGCCUGUCCCGGUCGCGAUCGCAAGAGCGAGGAGGAGAAUCUGCAGAAGCAGCAGGGAGCGUCAGCGGAGAAAUCUGGCCAUCCUGCGGCCAAGCGCACCUCCCAGGAUGUCACUCAGGCCAAUGCCGCGCCCAUCCCCAGCAAGAAGAAGCUGGUUUCUGACACCGAAACCUUCACCCUGCAGAUCCAGGGCCGGGAACUCUAUGAACUGCUGAAGAAGAUAAAGGAGGCGCUGGAAGUGUCAGACCUGAUUCCCCCCAGUGUGGUGGACGCCUACAGACAGCAGAAACAGCAGAAACAGCUCCAGAAGAAAGAGAAGGGGAGUGCAGAGGUGAGGAAAGGGAAGAAGCUGCUGGUGAAGGAUGAGAGAGAGUGACUCCCUGAAUCCAGAUUGAGGGUCCUGCCCUCCGCCAUGUUAACAUGAUACUGCCAGGCUUCACUUCCCUCUAAGGCUACGUCCACAUAGACCAGAUAAAUCUGUAACCGAAGGUUUUUCUCUUCGUUUUGACCCUCCGUCCACACUGAAACAGCGUUUUCCUCCCCCAAAAAGGGAGAUUUUCAGAAACGCUGUCCAGAGUGAAUAAAUCUGAAAACGCCUAUUAUCCGGCGUAGUGUGUACGGGGUAACCGGCUAUUUUUAAAACACUGUCAUGACGUGCCGGAACAAAUGGUGGCGGUAACACGGCAUUUCAUUGUUUUCCCGAACACAACCUCCAACACCACAACAACAUCUGACAAUAGAUGUGUAACAGCCUAGUGUAACAUUGUAUGGAAAUACAAGAUAACACUGAUGCAGACAUGUUUUAUACAUUUAACAAGGUGCUUUAUUGCUGUAUUGCUUGUACAAACAUUGGAUAGACACAACUGUCACUUUUGCCCAGUAACAAGCCGUAUUGCAUAUAGUUGUAGCUGUCAUUUCUUUCAUCGGUGAAGAGACUAUGGCUGUAGGAAAUGUGUCUGGACAAACGCACACCAAGUCUUUCGUUUGGCAAUUUCCUUUAGUUUUUCUACUCUGUAACUGGACAAACACGCACCAAGUAUACCGUUUCCUCUUCGCUUGUUUUCUGUGUGUCCUGCGCAUGCCCCAGUAGGAGGAGAUUCGUCCGAAUACCUGUUUUAAUGUGGACGGAGGUAUUUUCAUAAACGCCUGGUGUUGACGCCUGUCGUUUUUACGUGAAACCGGCAUUUUCAAAGUUAUCUGGUCUAGUGUGGAGGUAGCCUCAGACCUUCCCCUCCCCGGUUGUUUCCUGGGGUCCCGGGUGCCUCUGACUGGGACAGUGCUUGUGUGGGUUAGCCCUUCCCUUUCCCUGCAGAGAGAAGAGCCACUUGUUCUGGGCAAGCAGGGCAAUCUGUCCCACUGCCUCCCUGACCCCACUGAGAGAUCACCCCCUCACCCCUGCCACAGACCGGACAGAGGGCAAAGUUUUAGAGGGGGUGUGUUGGGAGUUUGCAUUGGACCAAAUUUUGGGGAUUCCUCCCUCUGAUUUCCCCUCUCCAUCUCUAACACUGCAUUCCCCCCUCCCCCCCAUCACCAGGAUCGACCCCUGCGCUCGGGAAAAGGAGCCCUCUGGCUGACCCCCCCUCAUCAGCUUUUCUGAAAUCUAACGAUGAUCCGAAGAAAUGGAUUGGUGGCUCCUCCCUCACCUCUGGGCCUCUACCAGCUUCUGCUAAACCCCUUCCUGACCUUCUAAACCUAUGGCCACUCUCCCGCUCUAUCCUGCGCCAGGCAACGUAUUCCCUGAACCACCUGUUGCCCUCCUCCCCCUCAGUGACAUCUCACCUCACUCACCCCAGCUCAGUAUCCCAGUGCCUGUUCAGCACCCAUUAUCCAUGGGAGCCCCCGUAAAACAGGCGGCCUGUCACCCUUUGGGGGGGUCACUGACUGUAGUGGGUCUUGGGGCAAUCUGCACCUCAGACAGAAGGCAUUUUGUUUACUGCUUACUGCACCCAACCCAGAUGUAAGGUAUUUCCUCUUUGCCUGGCUCACCCCGACUUACCAGGAGUGGUGGGUAUGCUGUCUUCCUCUAAUGCGAUUAACGUGCUGUCACUGCCCUCCCAGGAAAGGUUGGGAGCCCACCGUGAAACUCAGGAGAGUUUUCACCCUGUCUGACAGUGGGUGGGGGUGUGGAUCAGAGCCUCUCAGCCCGUUUCUUUGCUUGGCCAGUAACGAUCCCGACUCAGCAGCUGCCGGUCAGUCCCAUUGACAUCGGGGCGCUGGGAAUAUUUCAUCGAUCAGCUUUCAAUGGCAGGUGGGUGAGACAGGGCCGUGAGACUGUGCUGUGCACGUGUCUCCCCCCCACCCCCCGUCCCACAGGGGCUAAACACUUCUGUUUUUCCACUGCCCGCAGUCCGCCUCUGACUGGCCCUAUUCAGAGUUUUGCCUCCUGACAACCCUCUGCUGGUUCAGAGUUGCCAUUUGGUGGGGCUGAACGGAGAGGCUCAGCUCCCUGCCUCCCUCCUCCUCCUCUCUGCAGUCCUUAGUCUUUCUGGUUUAUUAAUGACCUUCCCGAGCUUCUCCCAAAGCUGCUUUGCCUUGUUUGGAACUCGCCGGGACACAGCAUAUGGUGUAUGAAAUGUACGACCCCGGUGACCAGCACAGACCGACCCACCCGAUGCCCCCUGUCAUUGUCUGCAAGAAUGUUUUUUUAUAUAUAGUCAACAAAUAAAAAUGCAUUGCGA